AAUCAAUAUUUUGAAUUGAAUUUCCAGUCUUUAAAAUGUCUGACGACUUAUCCAAUCGCGGUAUCUAUUUUGAUGAUAUUUAUGUGUUACGAGUUCUCAAUCCCGAAAUUACAACCGAAACUAACGACCUGAGAAGUGAAAGUUCUGACUAUGUUGAACAACUGAGUGAAUUCCAAAAAAUCACGAAUGAAUUCAUCAAAGUGUCUGCAAAGUUUGCUAAAGAGGUGGACACUCACAAAAUGAUGGCUAUCGGGGCGAAGAAUUUAUUGAAAACUAUAUCGAAGCAACGGCAAACGGAACAAAGAGACUUACAGGCGAAAAUUUCGGAACGAAAAAUGGAAUUGGAUCGACUGAAGGUUGAAUAUCAUUAUUUGCAAAGGAUCAUAUCUGAGCAGCAGGAAAUAAUUUCUAAUUUUCAUGAAACUUGAGCGAAAUAUAAAGUGUUCAAAGACACAAA